UCCGUAAUUAAGAUGGAAGCUAGAGGCAAUUUAGCUGUGAGGUUUUAAACCCAUAGACCCUUUUUUAUUUUCCUGCACGAUCAAAAAGGUUUCCAUGAGGAACCAGUAUCAGAGGGAGACGAAAAGAAAGAAACUGAACGAGAGGAGGAAGAAGAUGAUGAGGAGGAGGAGGGAAGAAGAAGAGGAGGAGGAGGAGGAGAUAACAGUGAAAUGGGCAAAGCAUUACUCCUCUAUUCAUCAAAUACUAAUUGUUGGAGAUGGCGAUUUCUCUUUCUCUCUCUCUCUUGCAUAUGCUUUCGGCUCUGCUUUCAACAUUGUUGCAACUUCUAAGGACUCUUACGUUUCUGUGUUAAAGAAGUAUAAAAGGGCGAAAUCAAAUUUGCAAUGUUUGAAGGAACUUGGUGCUACAAUUUUGCAUGGAGUUGAUGCCACGAAGAUGAAAUACCACACUGAGUUGAGGAUGCAGAAAUUUGAUAGAAUUGUUUUCAACUUUCCUCAUGCUGGCUUCAAAGGAAAGGAAGAUAACAUGCGAGUAAUGAAUCUACACAAAAAGCUAGUUAACGGUUUCUUCAAGAAUGCAAGUCGCAUGCUUCGACCAUAUGGGGAAGUUCAUGUCAGCCACAAGGUCGAGCAUCCUUUCCAUAAGUGGAAUCUAGAAGAACUCGCUUCUAAGAGUUCUCUCAUUAUGAUUGAAUGCACCAAUUUUAGCAUCGAAGACUAUCCAGGGUACAACAACAAAAGGGGAGAUGGUUCCAGAUGCGACCAGCCCUUUCGUCUUGGUGAAUGCAGGACUUUCAUGUUUAGGAUUGGAGAUAUUCACAAGAAAAAGAGAGCAGAAGAAAUUGCAGUCUCUAAUCCUCGUCCGUUAGAAAGCUUUGUCAGUGAGAAUCUGCCUCCUAUUUUCCUUUAUGAUGUUAAAGGCAUUGGGAGUACAAUUCACUAUCCACUGAGGAUUGGAGCUAGCAAUUUACGCACGAGGGAGCCUUCUAAUUAUGGUUUUGAUGCAUGUCAAGAGUUCUGGGGCUUUGAGUACCCUUUGAAUGGCAGUUAUGAACGAUAUAUGAAUGAAGCACAUAGAUACAGUGAAUCUGACUACUUAAAUCGCAUGAUGAGGUAAGUAGGCAAAGCUUUUCGAGGGAAGCAUUGGUUCGAGGUUCAAUUCCAGAUUAUAGAGAUGAGGAAGCUAUUAGUUAAGGCUGACAAGUUCUCUUUAUUAGGCGUAGGCAACUUUUGUGAUGGAGGAAUGUUCAUCAGUGCAGGAAUUCAUCUGCAUUGGAUGAAAGCUUUUGGUAGUGCAUCUACAGGUCGCAACAUUUUGAUGUAGAGAGUGCUCCCAUUUUGUUGUGUAUGGAAGUGGGGGAGCAAAAUGUUGUCACCUGUGAAUUGUACUUUUGUCUUGGGCAGUCAGGUUGCCUUUGUUUUGCCAAUAUCUUUAGCUGUUCUUUUUCUCUUUUCACCUCUUAAUAUUUUGGACUAGUGCAAAUCCAAGAACUGACGUUGAGCUCCCUCUUCUUGUAGCAGCCGUUGGUAUUUUAAGCUAUUACUUGUUACAAUGAUCCAAGGGGUUGCCAGAUCUGAUCAUAGGUUUUGUUGGGUACGGGCAUUGAUUCGUUUGAGGUAAAGAGGGCUUUGAUCGGAGGCGACGAGGGGCUUGCUGGAUGCCAUCAUUGUUCGUCAGACUUGACGAGGGGGUUAUAUGUAUUAUAUUUUAUAUUUCUGUUUUUCUAGAAAUUAUAUUUA